UCCUCCGCCUCCUCAAUCGACGCGCGCUACGUGGAGGAGUUAGAGAACGACUUCUUCGACCUGGAGGACAAGUACGACUCCCUGUUGCGUGAGCGAAACGAACUCAGCGUCGAGCUGGACUCCAAAAUGCGGAGUAUUGAGGAGCUGCAGAGUUUGGUGGAACAGUACAAGGAGAAGGCCAGCACGCUGGGAGCUCGAUGCACACACCUCGAGGAGGAGAUAAAGACCUACCGGGAGCGACUCCGACUGCCCGAAAGUGAUCAGGUCGAGGCUGGAGAUCUGGGUUCAGCGAAACAAGCCCCUGCCCUUGGCACCCUCGAGGGCGAAGGAGGUGGGGACUUACGUCAGCGUUUGAACGAGGUCGAACAGCUGUGUCAGGACGUCAUGGAGGAGAAUGAGGUCCUUAAGGAAGAACUGGAGGAGAUGCAGAGGGAAAUUGAGGAAAUGCACGAUCAUUUUCAGCAGUGCGAGAGUGAGAGGGCCAACCUUGAGGAACGACUGGCUCGUCUGGAAUCUGAACUCUACAGCGAGACUGACGUCGCACACAUCCGAAAUCUCGAGGAUGAGCUUCGUGUCGCCAAAGAGGUGGGCGUACGUCUCAACAACGAGCUGGAUGCUUUGGAGGAGAAGAGACAUUUCUAUGAGAAUGAGAAUCAACAGCUCAAGGACGAACUUCAGGUCUGUCAAAAUCGCCGCAUCACGUCAGAAAAUGAGCUCGACCGGCUUCGACUAGAGGUGAGAGAGCGAAUUUGUUUGACCAAGUAUACAUCUGGAAUGCCUAGCUUAGGACUGUGCCCAUAUUUUAAUAGAUUUUAUGGGGUCUAA